GGGGUUCCUUAUCUUAUCGCUGCGGUGAUCAAGCUCCAUAGCUCCACCUGCGCGUCAAUAUUGGCUGAUCGGGAGAAUAGUCUACCGUCGUGCUAGAAUGAUAGCAUCAAGGACGCACCCGGCGACUAUUGGCCCCCGGGCCUGCCGAUCGCAGCGGGCGAUGGAGCUGAGUUGGAGCCGACAAUGGGCUGUCACUCGUCCACUGCACCUAAGCAGCCAGGGGCAUGCCGAUCCCAACCCCAGGGUCCCGCGCCGAUCCCGCCGAUUGCUGUUUCGGCCUGCGUUGGCGACGCUGGCCAGCUGUUGCUGCUUCCCUGCUAUCGAUUCUACUACCCAGUAAGUACGUAACUUGUUUUUAUGUGGAUAAUAUUAUUAUUCCAAAAAUAUCCGGUGGGCUAACCUUGUGCCUGCAUCAC